GCAAAUCAAUAGAAUAUUUAUUUCAGUUUAUUUUUGAAACUACCCCCUAACUAUGUACGACUCAAUUCAAUUGACCCCCAAAAAACUGCACAGUUCUCCAGGGUCGAAACCCAAGCCAAUCCUCCGGACAAAAUCCUAUGCUCAUCAAAUCAUUGUGAAUGGUAAAGACAUGACGCCGAAAACCUUGAAUCCGGACUUCUUUCGUGCCAAAGCACACCGGAGCCACAGUUCUGUAUCUAAGGGGAGCAGUGCAACGGUCAAUACUGAACUUGCACAUUCAGAGGGACCAAUGAAAUCCAUUUUGAGGUUCAGGAGUGAUAUUGAGUUGACCACCGUUCAGGGAAGUUUUUAUGGCGCGGGCAGCUCCCUUGACAUGUUCCAAGCAAUCCAAGGUAGCUCUAUAAAAGACGAUCAAUCAGACGAUCUCACUGGGUACGAAGAAGACGCUGAAAUAGUCGAUGCGGAUACUACAAGAAAAAUGCGGAAAGCUCCGACACACAUUAGCUUAACUUUAAGUGAAACUAAUACUUUUUUUGUCUUAGACAUACCGAGUUGUAUAGAAAUUAGGAACACUGAAGAAGGUGAUGAAGCCGAGAGAGAAAAUGAAGAAUACCUAUACCUAACCGAAGGUAAAGGACGUAACAGGAAAGUGGUUGACGCCGAAGCACAAACGGCGGUAAUAUUGAAAAAAUCUCGAAAUACCGAAGCGGAAAUUAUCAGCACGAAAAAUGCCAGAGCUUUCGCUUCGAAUUGGGAAAUGCACGACACUUACCAUGGAAAGGCGCGGAAACAAGUGGAAAGCUCAUCGUCGAAUGACAGUGAUGGCGAUGAGGAUUUGAAAACUCUGACAUCCGAUGCUCUUUCUGCGGAAAGUAUUCAAACUGGAAUCGACGAAAAACAAUUGUUGAAAAUAUUUAAAAAUUCGAGAUUUCAAGAAGCUGUUUGCAUUAUGGAACGACUUCUGGCUAAUAACCUUUACAAUGAACAACAGAAAAGAUUCAGUGGAUUAUCGGAUCCUGAUAUGUUUCGAGAAGAUAUUCAGUAUAAGUAUAGGUUAGAGUUAUUGUGGACCUUUUCUAAUACAACAACAAAAGGUAAAGGUAACAACAUUAUCAUUAAGUUUGUGAGGCUUUCGCGGUCCAGGUUUAUUGAUAAAGUGUUUUCAUUCGGGCUUACUUGCCGUCAUAAGUUGGAAUUUCUUCCUGACGUUUCGCUAGCACGCGUGGCUAGCAUCUCCAGAGGUGCUUCCAUGUCCGAUUCUGGUAGUAGACUGACGCGUUCCCGACCGCAAGUUGUAGUUAUGUGUAUGGGGGGGUGUGUGGGGCUUCGUGAAUUUCUCUGCACUCAAUGGGAUCUUUCUUGCGUUCUUGAAAAUCGGGUUCCAUAUUUGGUUAAGUUUAAGUGUUUCUUCUUCCCCGUUGAAGUUCUCCGUAUGUUUGUGGAUUUCUAUAGCUUCUCCUAA